CUUUAUUUGUACUUGCCGCCAAUCUUGGCGCCAAUAGAGAUUUCCAUAUUUCUGGGUGCCAACCGUCGACCGGCAACCACUAGCAACACUGUUAAGCAUAGCCAUCAAAAAUUAAAAAAAAAGUAAAAAGUGAGGUUAAAAAAGGAAUUUAUUCCGUAAAUAGGUUUAAUUUAAAAAGCAAUUGCAUGUAAUUUAUAGUUUUAAAAGAUAUAUUUUAAGAAUUAACAAUAUAACCAUUCAAAUAUGUCGCAAAAGAUUAAUUGGGCGAACUAUUUAGCACAGACGGAAACAAAGUUAUCAAAUGUUUCUGUAAAUGAUAUUGGGCAACCAGAUGAAGAUGCUCCUGAAAAGUUCAGUCCUGCUGAAGCUAGUCUUUUAGCUAAAAUAAUUCGUAAAGGUUUAGUAGAAACUAAAUCUGAUAUUGAAGUUCAGCGUAAAGAUCCCAAAUCGCCGUUAUAUUCUGUGAAAACAUUUGAAGCUUUAAAUUCAAAAACGAAUAUCUCCAUCCAGAGAAUAGGACUGCUUUCUCGGACUUAA